AUGUUACGUCAUGUCAACCGCACAGUAAGCCGCCAGACCUGUUAUGUCAUUUAGUGUUGCGCGGCCGCGAACAGUUGAUAAGCGCAACAAUUAUAAAGUUGUUAUUUAUUUAAACUGGUUUUAAUUUAUUAAUUUUGACGUAAUCAUGUCGAUGCACAUCUUCCGUCUUUCGCAAUGUCGUCUGUUAUCGCAGUUCAAAGGAAUCGAAGCGCUCAGCUUGGGCACUCAAGUUCACAGGAAUAUUUUCACAACCAAAAUGGCGAUGAGAAAGGAAUCAGACACCUUUGGAGAACUAGAUGUUCCUGAUGACAAGCUAUAUGGGGCACAAACCUUACGAUCUGUUAUGAACUUUCCCAUUGGAGGAGAAUUCGAGAGAAUGCCUUAUCCAGUUAUUGUAGGAAUGGGUGUUUUGAAAAAAGCUGCUGCCAUUGUUAAUAAGGACUACGGUUUAGAUCCAAAAAUUGCUGAUGCAAUUUCUAAAGCAGCUGAUGAUGUCAUUUCAGGAAAAUUGUAUGAUGAUCAUUUUCCAUUAGUAAUCUGGCAAACUGGGUCUGGAACCCAAACAAACAUGAACACAAAUGAAGUAAUUAGCAACAGAGCUAUUCAACUUUUAGGUGGUCAAUUGGGAUCAAAAACACCAGUACAUCCAAAUGAUCAUGUAAACAAAUCCCAAAGUUCAAAUGAUACAUUUCCAACGGCCAUGCAUAUUGCAGUAGCAAUGGAGAUCCAAUGUACUUUACUUCCAGGAAUGAAACAAUUGCACGAUUCUCUCAAUAAGAAAGCCAUAGAAUUUAAAGACAUUAUUAAAAUUGGUAGAACGCACACACAAGAUGCUGUGCCAUUGACAUUGGGACAAGAAUUCUCAGCUUAUGUUGCCCAAAUGGCUUAUGGCAUUGAAAGAGUCGAAGCUUGUUACCCCCGGUUAUACCAGCUCGCCAUAGGUGGAACAGCUGUUGGAACAGGAUUGAAUACUCGCAAAGGUUUUGCUGAAAAGUGCUGCAAAGUCAUUAGCGAACUCACAGGAAUUCCAUUCACAUCAGCCCCAAAUAAAUUUGAAGCUCUAGCAGCUCAUGAUGCCUUGGUUGAAGUUUCUGGUGCUCUUAAUGUAAUCGCUUGUUCUUUGAUGAAAAUUGCUAAUGACAUGAGAUUCUUGGCUUCUGGACCAAGAUGUGGACUUGGUGAAUUGUCUCUACCUGAAAACGAACCUGGAAGCUCUAUCAUGCCUGGUAAGGUUAAUCCAACUCAAUGUGAGGCCAUAACUAUGGUAGCUGCUCAAGUAAUGGGAAAUCACGUAGCUUGUACUGUUGGUGGAUCUAAUGGUCAUUUUGAAUUGAAUGUAUUUAAACCAAUGAUGGUUGCUAAUGUACUGCGAUCCAUCAGGCUAAUUGGUGACAGUUGUAAAUGCUUUGCAACAAAUUGUGUAGACGGAACCCAGGCCAAUAAAGAAAAUAUCGCUAAGAUAAUGCGCGAAUCCUUGAUGUUAGUAACAGCAUUGAACCCACAUAUCGGUUACGACAAGGCAGCUAAAAUAGCCAAAACUGCACAUGCCGACAAAUCUACUUUGAAAGAAGCUGCCUUGAAACUAAAAUACCUGACUGAACAACAAUUUGAUGAAUGGGUCAAGCCAGAAGAAAUGUUGGGACCUAAGUAA